AUGGGGAACAAGCGAGCCGAGAGGCGCAAGCGCAAGAACGCUCGACAUGCUCAAGAACAAGCUGACGACAAGGAAGAGUUACGUGCUAAGCUUUUGACAUAUGCUCAACCCUCAACGCGGUCGGAUCUCGAGAAUAGCGAGCAGGUCGAGGACGCGAGUUUUGUGGAGGCUGUUCUAGUGGAGGACGACAAGAACAAUGUUCUGAUUGCGAGAUUGAAGGCUGAAGUCGGUGUUUAUCAAUUCACCUGUGCUUGA